AUGAGGCUCAUCAUUCUUUUCGUGCUCCCACUGUUUAUGGGCGUUGCUCUUGGAGUUCCCAUGGCCCUCAAAAGAUGUACGAAGACCAACACAGCAGUCCGCAAGGAGUGGGGAUCAUUGAAAAAGUCUCAGCGGCGAGAUUACAUCGCUGCAGUCCAAUGUAUGCUAGACAAGGACCCUGUACUUCCCACUGCGUCGUACCCCGGUGUGGUCAACCGGAUGGGAGAUUUCGUGGCGUAUGGUCUUCCCCUUCACCCCUGUGAAUAUGGCAUACAGUCGGCUUACAAUAGACACCGCGGUAGAACUCACAUCAACAUGACUCUUUCUAUGCAUGUCAGCGGCAUCUUCCUUGCAUGGCAUCGUCAUUACAUCUGGCUCUGGGAAGAAGCCCUCCGCAACGAGUGCGGAUACAAGGGCUACCUCCCGUAUUGGGAUUGGCCGCUCUGGGCAGGUAAUCUCUCCGAUAGCCCCAUCUUUGACGGCAGCGACACUUCACUUUCUGGAGAUGGGGCCUAUGACCCAAACAUAACAGCAGUAUAUAUCGGCAAAGAAGAGCUCCCACCCGGGACUGGUGGUGGAUGCGUCUUAUCCGGCCCCUUCAAGGACAUGCAGCUGACCCUCGGCCCGCUUGACUUUAGCAUGGCUUUUGCACCGUCUCUUCCAGAAAAUGCAUUUGCAUCCAAUCCUCGGUGCUUCACUCGCAGCUUGAAUGAUUGGAUUGCAACCAGAUAUACCAAUCAAACAGCAGUCGAUCAACUACUGGCCACGACCAAUAUCAUUGAUUUCCAGCAGGUCAUGACUAUGAAUCCACCUUCAGACUUUUUCGCAUCGCCAGCUGAUCCUGCCUUCAUGCUGUUCCAUGGCCAGGUGGAUCGACUGUGGGCGAUCUGGCAGGCGGAGGAUGAGGCGACUCGUCGGUAUGCGGUCAAUGGGAGUUCAACCAUCUGGUAUGGGCAACAGACGCCUGACGUGACGAUGGAUACAUAUGUUGAGUUCGGGGUCUUGGGAGCCGCGCGGCAAAUGGUAAAAAUGAUGGACCCCACGCGGAAUGGAUACUGCUAUCGGUAUGAGUAA